GCGGCCGGAGCGGUCCUGGGGCCGCGGAGGGGUUCGGCGGCGCGGGACCCGGAGGGGCAGCCCGGGCCUCCGCGGAGACGAUGGCGGAGGAAGAAGGACCAACAGUAGAACUGCGCCAAAGAAAAAAGCUGAAGUCUUCAGAAAAUAAGGAAUCUGCCAAAGAAGAGAAGAUCAGUGACACUCCAAUUCCUGAAAAAGCCCCGAAACAUGUAUUAUUUCAGCGCUUUGCAAAGAUUUUCAUUGGCUGUCUUGCAGCAGUUACUAGUGGUAUGAUGUAUGCUCUCUAUUUAUCAGCAUACCAUGAACGGAAAUUCUGGUUUUCCAACAGGCAGGAGCUUGAACGAGAAAUCACAUUUCAAGGUGACAGUGCCAUUUAUUACUCUUAUUAUAAAGAUAUGUUAAAAGCACCCUCAUUUGAAAGAGGUGUUUAUGAAUUGACACACAAUAACAAAACUGUAUCUCUGAAGACAAUAAAUGCAGUGCAGCAAAUGUCUCUAUAUCCAGAACUUAUCGCCAGUGUUUUAUAUCAAGCAACUGGUAGCAAUGAGAUUAUUGAGCCAGUAUAUUUCUAUAUUGGCAUUGUUUUUGGAUUGCAAGGAAUAUAUGUUACUGCUUUAUUUGUUACAAGUUGGCUUAUGAGUGGAACAUGGCUAGCAGGGAUGCUUACUGUUGCGUGGUUCAUUAUUAACAGGGUAGAUACAACAAGAAUUGAAUACUCCAUUCCUUUAAGAGAAAACUGGGCACUACCAUAUUUCGCAUGCCAAAUUGCUGCACUUACAGGCUAUUUAAAAAGCAACUUAAAUACUUAUGGAGAGAGGUUUUGCUACUUGUUGAUGAGUGCUUCAACUUACACGUUUAUGAUGAUGUGGGAGUACAGCCACUAUCUCUUAUUUCUUCAAGCAAUAUCUCUGUUCUUGCUAGAUAGUUUUUCACUGGAGCAGAGCGACAAGGUUCAUGAAGUUUAUAAAAUCUAUAUAUUUUCUCUGUUUCUGGGAUAUUUACUGCAGUUUGAGAAUUCAGCUUUAUUGGUGUCUCCUUUAUUAAGUUUAGUAGUAGCCUUAAUGCUUGCUAAGUGCCUUCAGCUGAAUGUGAAGAAAGGAACUUUUAUAGCUAAAAUAAUGAAAGUGAUUAACUUUUACUUGGUGUGUUUUCUGACAGUGACACUGAAUAUUAUAAUGAAGAUGUUCGUCCCACACAAAGAAAAUGGGCACAUGCUGAAAUUCCUUGAAGUAAAAUUUGGACUAAAUAUGACUAAGAAUUUUACAAUGAAUUGGCUCCUAUGUCAAGAAUCCCUGCAGGCACCAUCUCAAGAUUUUUUUUUGCGAUUGACACAGUCUUCUUUAUUACCUUUUUAUAUUUUAGUGUUAAUUAUUUGUUUUCUUUCUAUGAUGCAAGUUAUUUUUAGGAGAAUUAAUGGCAAGUCCUUGAAAGAAACCAUUACUCUUGAAGAUGGACGAAUUGGAGGAAGGCCAGAAAUAAUUUAUCAUGUGAUUCACACUAUUUUAUUGGGCUCUCUUGCAAUGGUUAUAGAAGGCUUGAAAUACCUCUGGACUCCUUAUGUAUGCAUGUUAGCAGCAUUUGGUGUGUGUUCUCCUGAACUUUGGAUGACACUUUUCAAGUGGCUUCGAUUACGGACUGUACACCCAGUAUUGUUGGCUCUUAUUCUGAGCAUGGCUGUUCCCACUAUAAUAGGUCUCAGCUUAUGGAAAGAGUUUUUUCCAAGAUUAAUGACAGAAUUAAUGGAACUACAAGAAUUUUAUGACCCAGAUACAGUGGAACUUAUGACCUGGAUAAAAAGGCAAGCUCCGGUUGCAGCUGUGUUUGCAGGAAGUCCACAGUUAAUGGGUGCAAUUAAAUUAUGCACUGGAUGGAUGGUGACCAGCUUGCCUCUUUACAAUGAUGAUGAUCUUCUCAAGAGAAAUGAAAAUAUCUAUCAGAUCUAUUCAAAGCGAUCUGCUGAGGAUAUUUAUAAAAUACUGACAUCCUACAAGGCUAAUUACCUAAUUGUAGAGGAUGCUAUCUGCAAUGAGGUCGGAACCAUGAGAGGCUGUAGGGUGAAAGAUUUAUUAGACAUUGCAAAUGGCCACGUGGUUUGUGAAGAAGGUGACAAGUUAACCUACUCAAAAUAUGGGCGAUUUUGUCAUGAGGUCAAAAUUAACUAUUCUCCAUAUGUGAAUUAUUUCACUAGAGUGUACUGGAACAGAUCCUACUUUGUAUAUAAAAUCAACACUGUGAUAUCCUUUCAGUCUUGAAAGAUAGCAGAGCCUUCAUUUCAAAGACUUAUAUCACUUGAAGUAAAAUGUGAUUUUCUUCUUACCUACAUGGUGUAUUUUAGAAAUCAGAGUAUGGACGUUUGAAAUGUUGCUGCUGCUUUUUCCCUCUUUGCUAUUAACUGGAUCCAGAGUUCUGUGGGGUAUAGAACAUCAGGCAUUACUGUCCUUUGGUAAAAUGUCCCAUCUACCACUCUGUAAUAUUCUGGUCAGAUGUUUUCCUUAUCGUUACAUGGUCUUUAAAGACUUUAUCUUCUCAUUAUCUUCUCAACUAUUAUAAAAUUGUCCUUAUAAAUCUUCAUUCUGUCAUAACAUAGGUCUUGAAUUUGAAUAUGUUCAAUGUCAGAGUAUAUUUCUCAAACAUAACAUUUAAUAAAUAUGUCAUUUAAUGUCAUAUAAUUAUAGACUAGAAGGAAGGACCUCUUCUUACCCUCAAGGCAGUUCUGAAGGUAUUUCAUGGUUUAUAAUAGAAUUGAAUGUUAAAAUAAAAACCAAUUUAAAUGUUAGCUGAAACUAUGUGACAUUUAAAUUAAAAUUUAUAAAUUGUGUAAAGGAAUGUGAUUUGAUGGAUAUACACAUAAAGAUAUAUCCAGAUUUUCCAUGAUACUGCUCAUCAUCUGCUCAUCAUCUGCAUUAUAUAACCAUGCACUUUCUUAGUAAAAUAUAGUACAUGAUCUUGCAUUUUAUUAUUUUACAACUAUUAAGUGGUUAGCUUUUUUCACUUAUGCUCAUAAAUUUAAUAUCAAUUUAAUCAUGAUAAAACAGUAGCUCUUGUUACCUAAAUAUUUUUAAAACAGACAUUUAAAAGAAUGUUCAGGUUUUUGAAAGAUAUGGAAUGGGAUAUACAGCCUAUUCACAUUUUCUACUGAAGUAUUAAGUGAAAAAUUAAAUCUUCACAAGAAUAAGAAUAUUCUGACAUUAGUGACUAAAAUGACAAACUAAAAUGAACAAUUUCUGGGAAGAAAUGGGCUGAUGCUAUUAAACAUAUUUCUGCAUACAGAUCUGUUUAUUAUAAAACACAAAUGCUAUUAUUUAAGAAACAGUGGUACAGUCUUCAACAUUAAGAACAAAAUGACAAUUUUAAUAACAUUCACAACAGUUUCACAACCUAAACGCAACAUUCCUUUAGGUUAAACGUUUUCAUAUUUUUAAUCAUUUAUUAAUAGAAAUUAUUAAAUGAUUAGUUGGGCUGUAUAAAGAGAUUCAGGAUAGAUGUAUCAUUUUAAUAAGAUGGGAUGCAUGUUUAGUUUUACCUUAUACAUAUGUUUAGUGAACAGAUUUUUAAAAUUUUCACUUUUUAGAGUGCUGUAAAAUUGCAUUUUAAGUACUCUGAAUUAACUGCAUUAGAAGGGAGCAUCUUUUCAUUAUCUUUAUUUUUUUGUUAUAUAUAUAUCUUUGUUGUUUUGUUUUUAAGUAAAAAAGCACAAGCAUUCUUAAGCUCUAGGAUGCUUUGCUUUUUUGGAUCCUCAUAAUUGUUUGAUGGCAGUGUCAUAUAUCUAAUGCACUAGUUUUAUUUGUUCUCAUUUCAUGCUUUAUAUAAUUUGUAACAGUUAUAUUAACAUAGUUGAAGGUAGGGCAUAUCAGGUUAUCUAUACAUUUUAAUAGUGAGUCACCAGUAUUUAGCUUCAAGCCUUAUGAAAAUAUUACUGUGGUUACCUGAGUACACAGUGAAUAGUUACCUGGUGGUCCUUGUGAUCAGAGCAUGUAAAACAAUGCAAUUUCAAAGUCAGCUUGCAUAUUUUGAAAGGGAAAUAGAAUAACAUAAAUAGCAUGAAAUAUUUAAUUGAAUUUUUAUUGAUUUAUAUUAUCAAUUAUGCUGAGUUACUUUGUGUGUUUUUUGUUUUUGGCUUUUGACAUAUACAUACUAAUAAGUUUCUUUUCCUUCUGUCAACUUUUUAAAAUAGAUUUGGAGAAACUUACUUUUUUAAAUGAUAAAUUUUUUAGUCAGCAUCAGUUGAAAAGGAAAAUGUAAGGUUUAUUAUAGAAGUAACUACUGGAUAUAAGAAAUUAGCUUACUUGCUUCUAUUUUAACUGUAGUUAAAACAGUAGCAGUAGAAAACUUUGAGUGAGGAGCAUUUAAUUUCUUUGCCUAUUUGUAGGGUAAUAAAUGAUUUAAAGUUUUGCAAGUAAUUCCAUUUGGGUAACUUUCAGUUGUUGAUUUGACAAUAAAAAUCUAUGAAAGGAAACAAAGUGUAUGGUUUUAGGAUGGAAGCAGUUUCUCAAAGAAAUACAAAACAUACUUUGCCCUUGAUGUUGCAAAAGCAUUGAAAUAAGUGCCUUAACUUUUGUUUACUUCUUAUUGUUCAAAAAUUACUAUUGACUUUUUUCUUUUCUGUAAGAAGAUUUUGAUAUCUUUUUCCUCAUCAUUAAGCACAGAGAAAGACUCCUCACUAUGAUAUUUUCAGUAUUAACUUUAUUUCAUUAAUAAGCAAAUCUUUGGUAAGGGUCCCAAGGGGAUUUCUAGCCUGCUAAAUUAAUUUAUUUAGCUUCCCAAAUGCCAGUCUAACAAAUAAAAAUUGAUAAGCUGUAUGGUAUUGACUCUGUGCUGGUUUAUAUUUUUUUCCAACUUUGAGAUCUGUAACUUGGUGCUUUUUGUUAGACUAUCCCGGUAUCACAGCCUCGGGAGUAUGCAUUGUACUUCAGGACUAACUUUUUUUCCUUUUUUUAACUUUUUUUCUUCAUUGCUUUUUGAGUACAUAGAUGGCAUGUUUCUUCAGGACAUUAACCCAGACCACCAGUAGCCUCACUGUUGUGGCGCUCUUACAUGUACUCCAGGUUGAUUCGAGGAAGAGCAGAAAUGGAGGUCAAAGUGUGUUACAUGUUGGGGCUGGAAAAUAUGCUUUAAAACAGUAGGUUAUUAAUUUCUUGAAGGGCACAGUGAACAGCCAUCUUACUCAACUGUUUUGUUUUUGGAAAACCACUUGUUUUUUGACCCUUUCUAUUUUUGAACUGUUAAAACAUUUUAUUGCCUUUAGUGUGUAGACAAAAGUAGUGCCUCUCUUUAUAAAAUUGAUGGGAUUUCUAAAAGUUGUAUGUAAGUCGAUCUUUUUGGUAAAUUUAUUUUAAGUGCAUGAAUAUUUAAAAAUCAUGUGUUACAAAUUAUUCUGUAUAUUUAAGAACCUUUUGUAAAGCAAGUAACUACUUCAUAAUUUACAUCCCAAUAUAUGCUCUCAUUUGUCCACUUUUAAAAAUAUAUAGUCUCUAUUGUUGCUAUUUGUUAAUAGUCUUAGAUCUCGACAUGUAUUAAAAUCACAACUUUAAAAAGUUGUAAGUGAAAUUGAGCAAUUUCUUCUUAAAAUAAUAGCUCAUUAUUAACCUUUUGAAUGUUUAGAGUUUAAUAUUUUAAAAUUAGAUUUGAAAAUCGCAAAGAAUAUAUUUUAUUCAACUAUUUUCCAUCCAUUAAGUUUUCUAUACAUUAUACCUACUUGUUUUCUGUAAUAAAAAAGGGUUAUUUAAACACCAGAUUUGGCAAAUUUAGCAAAGAGUCCUCUUUCAAUCAUUUGCUUAUGUCCCGUAGAAUUUGUAACAUUUUACUCUUGGCUUAUGAAAUUCUAAGUGCAGUUCUAUGAGAGAUACAGUGAACAUCUGACCACUAUAUUUAGUGGAAUAAUGGUAUCAGAUAGAAAAAUGCAUUCCAAACUUCUAGUUUGAGAUAUCUCAUAAACAACUUUUUAAUAUUUUAAGUUGGUAGCUUUGUACAGCUAUUUAGCAAAGAUGAAUACAGCUGCUAUUAUGUAUGUUGACUUCUGAAUCAUAUCGCUAAUAAUGUAUAACAGAUUAAAUGUGUUCCUCCUGUACUAAAGUUACAUCUUUCCAAAAGAAUAAAAGUUAAUUUCAAUAAAUAUAAAUCCUUUUAAAGAGUUGGGUUAUAAAGUAGUUUACUUCAGAUUUUGUAACAUUAAAUGUACUUUUAUCAAGAAUGAAAUUAUUUAUUUCAUGCUUAAUUACACUCCUUGUUUUGUUUCUAUAAUAAAACUUUUUAGAA